GUGCAUCAGUCUACGACCUCUGCACUGGGCUACGUGACUUGGGACACAGCCAGUCUCCUGGGGUGUGAGCAGUGCUAUAUAAAAGGCUGGACACCUCCCCAAGCUAAGGCUGUGUCUGCAGUGCAGCUUCUGCCCCUCUCCUCCCGGCCAGGUCUACAGUUGCCGCUAUGGCCAACUUGGGCUUUUUCCAACUGCUAAGGAAAAACAAAGAACUCAUUCCUUUGAUUGGUUUUGUGAGCUUGGCAGCAGGUGGGGCUCUAACUGCUUCUCUGUAUUCCCUAUGCACCAAAAGUGAUGUGAUUGUUAACAAGUCUGGCAAUCCAGAACCUUGGGAAAAUGUGAAUCCUAACAAGGCUCAAAAGCUUCUAUCGAUCAACCAGGAGUGGAAAUCCAUAGAGGAGCUGGAGAAGGUCAAAAAGAUGAUGAAGUGACAAGUUGCCAUUGCCUCAAAAAUGUACUCUAUGAAUCUAGUGGAAUCAUUUCUGCACAAACUCGACUACUGAAAUCAGUGUGCGGAAAUGCUUCUGCUACAUUUUUAGGGUCUCCCUACAUUUUUGGACUCUGGAUGAGGAAUUUCAUUUUGUCUUAGUGGUUACUUAGAACAUCCACACAGUCCAAAAAUAAACAUCUCUUUCAGGUACUCAUUGUUUCAACAGUCAUGUUUAACUUGAUGUACAAUGUUCAAUAUGCAGAGUAUUAAUGGGGUGGAAAAUCCUUCAUUCAUAUAUGAGCUUUUUAGAAUGCUGAAUUAUUUUUCUUAAAAUACAUAUAAUUUUGUAAAUUUUCUAAUAAAAUGGGCACUUAUGUUUUUAAAUGUUUAGAUUUAUUCAAAAUUCCCUGUGACUUCAAAAAGAGCAGGAGCAAGACCAUAAUGAGUAUGAAAGUGUCAAUAUUCUUUUAAAAGAUCCUCUCCAAAAUAAGAACUCUGGUCUGUUGCUUCUUAGUUCUUUAUACCAUAUUUCGGUGAUGUGUGCUAAUUUUACCAAGAUGCUAUUUGUACAUGGUAGCAUAAAUGGUCACAGUAGAAAAUUUGGCUUCCAGUUCAGAUUUGGUGAGUCCCAAUCCUACAAGGACUUACACAUGUUCUUAACUUUGCACUAUGUCAGUUGUACCAUUGACUUCAGAGGGACUACUCAGUGCAUAAAUUUAAGCAAAUGUGUAAGUCCUUGCAGGACCAGGUCCUAAGACAAAUUAUCAGCACUUCAGUAUGAGUGAAACAAGAGCAAAUCUUUUGAAUUUGUAAGUUCCUGCUGUUUAUUCCUGUGAAAAUGUUAUUAAAGUAAAAUGAAGGUUAAUUUGGAGUGGACAUAAAACUUUAUUAGGCAGUUUUAUUAUCCUCUUUUUAUUGUACAUACAAGUUUAAGCAUAGAAUACAGAUUCCCAGAAGGCAUUUUUAAAUGAUUUCUAGAUAAAGCAAACAACCUUAAUAGCAUGUACCAAGAGAAAAUCAACAGAUUACAUUAGGAGUAGGAUCCUAUAUAAGUAAUUUCCUGUUUAAUAAUUUACAUUUUUUUCUAAAGAUUGGUUAGUGCAGAGAUCUGUAGGUAUUCCUUCUCCUUUAUGUGCCUUUAAUUUUGGCAUAAUUGCCGAAGAGGGUAUCCCUUCCAGAAAGGUUUUCCUUCAUUGCGUCAUGAAGCAUCCUCACUCCAGACAGUAUCACAUGUACUGACUGUGUGGUUUCUAACUAUAUUGUAUUUCUAAAGUGCAUAACAUUUUCAGGAAUCACAUGUUUGUAUGGGUGAAGAAAUCAAAGCAGGAAUCAUUAGAUGAGCUACAUUGGAGAAUGACUUGCUUUCUGUGGGAAUAACUUCUCUAAAUUUAGAAAAAAAGCCCCCAAAUGCUAGCAGUUGUGAAGUGCUAUAAAUUAUUCAGCCACAUUGCAAACAAAACUGAAAGUACAUAAUGAAGUCAUACACCUAGACUGAGUUAAUGUGGCCUUAGAGUUCUCAAAGCUUGUUUGAUUUUUGAGAAAUAGAAAAUAGUUACAAUACUGUUGUGCUGCAUUUUUUACAGAUGUGGCAGUAAAGUUUAUUUUUUACAAGUAAGGAUGACUCAGCAGCAUACAACUGAUGUAAACAACUCCAGUCCUCCCUAGCUUCAGAAAAACUUUCAUGUGUAAGGACAAGCGCAAUUAUCAGACUUAUAAACUUUUCUUUGCUAAAAUUACAAAUUUAAGAGGAGUGGCAUCAGAAGAUCCCUAGAUGUGCAACCACAAAAGUUCACCUUCCAGUCUUCUAGAAUAUUAGCUUUUGUCUUGUUAAACAGAGAGGCAUUUUUAAUACAAUUGUGUGCAAUCUAAUAAUCUACUCAGUGUUUCUAUAUUUUUUUACUGGAAUUUGCUCAUCAAAAGUGUGCAGUGCUCUGAGUAAAUAAGUGAAUUCAACA